GGUUUUUUUUGUUCCGUCAAUCACCGGCACCUGGAGGCGGGCUGAGCGAGCGGCGCAUGCGCGGGGUUGCCACGUCAACGCGCAGGCGGAAACGGUGUCGGCUCGAGAUCGAGCAGGAGGGGAACCGCGAGACGAACUGAUCAGUCAAGAGCAGACAGCAUGGGAGCUUUGCUGAGUUUCUUUUUUUUCAAGAAGGAAAUGCGAAUUCUUAUGGUGGGACUUGAUGCAGCAGGCAAAACCACAAUCCUAUAUAAACUCAAACUUGGAGAAGUUGUAACAACAAUUCCAACUAUUGGUUUUAAUGUUGAAACAGUGGAAUUCAGAAAUAUAAGCUUCACAGUGUGGGAUGUGGGUGGUCAAGACAAAAUUAGAACACUCUGGAAACACUAUUUCCAGAACACACAAGGCUUAAUAUUUGUUAUCGACAGCAAUGACCGAGAGCGUAUCAAUGAGGCAAAGGAUGAGUUAAUGCGAAUGAUCGCAGAAGAUGAGCUGAGAGAUGCUGUGUUGUUAAUCUUUGCAAAUAAACAGGAUUUGCCAAACGCAAUGACACCUGCAGAGAUUACAGAUAAGUUGAAUCUGCACCAACUCCGUAACAGAUCAUGGCACGUCCAAGCAACCUGUGCUACCACUGGUGACGGCCUUUAUGAUGGUCUCCACUGGCUGUCUAAUCAAGCAGGCGUGAAGCGAUAAUCUUCAUGAGGAUUGACCAAUCAAGCUGAUGUGUGCCUGUGUGUAAGUUGAGUGGGAGCAGUUUCCUCACUGUGUGCCUUUUUAUAAUACAGAAGGGUUAGGGUCUGAUCUGAACUGGUAUUAUAAAUAAUUGUGAAAGUAUUUUACUACAGAUGAAUGGUUCUAGUUUGGAAUGUUGCCAGAAAUACUUAUAGGCUUGAAAUUAUUUUGCAACAUGUAAUUUAUCUGUCUGUACUAUGAUGCUAUUUAAAGGCCCUUUUUUUCUAACUCGUGAUGGGAAGUAGGGAAAUGUACUGGAUUGCUAGCUAAUAUUGUGGAAUUCAGGAGUACUGCAUACCUUGCUUUUGAAUUAAUCUUUUUGUUGUGCUGCUUGCAUGAAAAGCUUGGUGGCAGUAGGAAGAAGUGAUUGUAUUUUCCAGAGAAAUGAUUUGCUGGCAAGUUUGAAUUUGGUUGCUAGCUCUGCAAAGAGCAGACACGUUACUAAUAAUAGGAGAUCUGCACUGAAUGCUACAGAUUUAUUGCCUUGCUGAAACUUAAAUUCUGCACUAUAAUGCAUGGAGGUCACUCAGGCUGCUGCUCCUAUUCUGCAGUUUUCUAAGGAUAUAGGGCAACACUUGUAUGUAUUUGCUACAGGAGGGGUGAAGGGUCCAGUUCAUAAAAAGACGCAUACCAAACCAUAUAUCUUGUAAAUACCAACAACCAAGCCCUCAAAGGUACUGUAUCUUUAUCUUUAUCUUUAUCCAUGAAUCAACACGGUGAUUUUUAAAAGCUGUCUUGCUGUUUUCUUUUAACAUAUAUUUGGGAUUAAACUUUAGGGUGGUAGAAGUUUAAAAUUGCAUACCUGUUUUCCAGUAAACCUUUGCAAAUGUUGGUAAGAUCAGUUAAACUUGGUGAAGAUUUAUGAAAACCAUUCAGGCUAUUUUGAAGACUACUUGGUGUCCAUUUUAAAAAAAACUAAGAUAAUAACUUCUUGAAUACAUGUCUUCUGAAUCUGAGCAAAGCUAUAAAACACUUACAAAUUGGCAUUAAAACACAAGCACCAUUCUCUUAUUAACCAACAAAAUAAGAGGAGUGUGUUGGGAAUUGCCUGAAUUCUAUAGAUGCAUUUUGGGCUGAUUGCCAGACAUGAGAUUUAAUGAAUUUACCCAACAUUUUUAAUUCUCUUUAUACUUUAUUUACAGGGUUUAAGAAAAUAAUGUGAAAAUGCAUUUCAAUCAGAUAUUACGCGUCAAAGCGAUAAGGAAAAUGGUUUUUUUAAAAUGAGUUGACAUUAAGAGGUUCAAAUAUAAAUGUCUAGUCUGGGGGGCAAAUGUCUUUUUUUUUGCUUCUUUGUUUGAAAGCUUGUUUUAAGAUGCACUUGUUGAAAUAUAACUCGUCCAAUAACCAGUCUCUCAUGUACCAGUGUGUUACUAUGUCUAUUUACUAUUGAAUUUCUGGAUUUUUGUGGGAUGUUUUGAGGGAAUUGGGAGAAAAGAACAUGAUUGCUAAAAUUUCUUUUUCAUUUGUCAAUAAAAUUCUAUUCCCUUUAA